AUAUCACCUCAUCCGGCACUGUCACGCCCUCUUCCUCUGACGUUUCCGCAAGGCGCAAACUAGAAUUGUCUUGUGGUGCGGUGCUGGAGGUGAAGUUAUUGCCGAGAAUUCUCAGAAUUCUUUUUGUCCUAUUACAAUCAGUGAAUUAAUUUAAGAUAAGAAUGUCUCCCCCACACUAUGCUGAUCUUGGAAAGAAGGCGAAUGAUGUCUUCUCCAAGGGAUACCACUUUGGUGUGUUUAAACUUGACCUGAAGACCAAGAGUGAAUCAGGUGUUGAGUUUACCAGUGGUAUCACAUCCAAUCAAGAAAGUGGAAAGGUAUUUGGUAGCCUUUCGUCAAAGUAUGCAGUAAAGGACUAUGGACUAACAUUUACAGAGAAAUGGAACACAGACAACACACUUGCCACUGACAUCACCAUCCAGGACAAAAUUGCCCAGGGAUUAAAAGUUACUCUUGAGGGCACUUUUGCACCACAGACAGGAAGCAAAACUGGCAAGCUGAAGACCUCCUUCGCCAAUGAAACAGUGGCAGUCAACACUAAUGUAGAUUUGGACUUGGCUGGCCCAGUUGUUGAUGUAGCAGCUGUUCUCAAGUACCAAGGCUGGCUAGCAGGAGCUAACACACAGUUUGAUACACAAAAGGCCAAGUUCUCAAAGAACAACUUUGCUUUCGGAUACCAGACCAAUGAUUUUGCUCUGCACACCAAUGUCGACAAUGGCAAGGACUUUGGUGGCUCCAUCUACCAGAAGGUGUCAGACAAAUUGGACUGUGGUGUUAGCAUGAAGUGGUCUUCUGGCUCUACUGACACCCUCUUUGGGGUCGGUGCCAAGUUUGCUUUGGACCAAGAUGCCUCACUUCACGCUAAGAUCAACAACAAGUCCCUCAUUGGACUCGGUUACCAACAAAAGUUGCGCCCAGGCGUGACCCUAACUCUUUCCGCCGCCGUCGACGGCCAGAACUUCAACGCCGGCGGUCACAAGGUCGGAGUCGCUCUAGAGCUGGAGCCCUAGGCCUCCUUUGACAUUCACUAGACAUGUAGAUAAUGCCACUUACUGUUAUAUAACAAAUGUAUACCGCAAAAUCAAACAAAACUCGUGCGCUCUGUAAAUGAACAAUAAAAUUGUCUUCAGAUUUCACUUGUGUCGAACGCUCUUAAUAGUUUUCAGUAAGCACGCAUAUUGUCGCUAAAUAUACAUUCAAAUGAAAGUCAUAUCGCGUUGUAAAUAAGCACCUAUGGUGUGUUCCUUGAUUGAGAAUAAAUAAUGAAUAGUCUGUUGGAAUCAA